AUGGCUUAUUCAAUGAAUGAGCUUCCGAGUGACAUACUGCUACAAAUCCUAUACAGACUUCCUCUGAAUCUGAUCCACAGGUGCAAAUGUGUUUGCAAGUUUUGGUCAUCACUCAUCUCUCAGCCUUGUUUUGCUGUCGAAUAUCUGCUUCGAACGAAACUCACGCCUCCACCAAACCCUACCUUAUAUUUUCGUUUGUAUACCCCGAGAAAUUUCAAAACUUCUCCUCCCAGACACUCUACCUAUGAUGAUCGCCACAAAUCGUGGUCCCAAGACUCUCCGGCCCUUUCCUUCGGCUUUCUUCCGCUCCCCGAACCAGCCAUUCGGCUUCUGUGCACCAGCAACGGCUUAGCAUUGUGCACAACAAGUUACGACUGCGAGUGUAUAUACUAUGUUUGCAAUCCUAUUACGAAGCAAUGGCUCACUCUUCCUCCUCCACCAACGUGCACGAAUUUUGCAUUAGUAGGACUUGUUUGUUACGGUCAUUACUUCAAGGUGGUGAGGCUGGUCAGUCCUUGUACGUACACUAAUGCAGUUACCUUCAUGAUGACCGAAAUACGCACAAGCUUCUUCAACGCCGAGACAUUUGAUUCUCGGACUAACCUAUGGAGGGUGUCGGCAAUGAUAACCAUUCCGCGCUCUAUUUUGUUCUGCAAACCCACUAAUGCAAUUGAAUACAAAGGGAUUUUACACUGGGAAAGCGGCGAAAGAGACUAUACUACCUCUACAAUUAUGGCAUUUGAUCCGAAUCUGGAGAAAUGCCGUUUGAUACAAGUGCUUGAAACCAUGCCUAAUCAUCCAGGUAUGUACGCCACCGGAGUGAGCCGUUCAGGGGAAGACCUAUAUCAUGUGCAUAUGCAGCUAGACGAUAACUUAUCAGUUAAUUGGAGAAUUUGGAGACUGAUUGAAGCAGAAGCAGAAUGGUGCUUGGAACAUACAUUUAGACUCACAGACCUAAAGCUGAUCGUUGGUGACAAUUGCAUUCGUCCAUCAGAUUUGAACAGUAACUUGCUGGCUAUAGACCCUAUUGACCCAAAUGUUCUGUAUUUUCAUACCAGGAAUAAUUAUACAACUCGUGAUCGGGGCAUUAUCUCGCUCAACAUAAAGACCGGAAGAGUGGAAUCGGUGUAUUUUCCUUUUCAUUGGCCAGAUCCGACAGCAUCUUUUUCUGUAUACCAGUAUAUCAUGGCCAUUCCGUUUGUGCCGCCGAGCUGGCCUACAUCCCUUCCAAAGAUUCAUCACCAAGAUAUGAAAGUGUUUAAUAUAGUACCAAUCACAUCCAUUUGA